AUGGACGCACAGCGAGCCCUCCUUGACGAGCUCAUGGGCACAGCUCGUAACCUAACGGAGGAGGAGAAGAAGGGGCACAAGGAGCUGAAGUGGGACGAUCCGGACGUGUGCGGCCCCUACAUGGUCCGGUUCUGUCCCCACGACCUCUUCGUCAACACCAAGAGCAAUCUCGGGCCGUGCUCGAGGAUCCAUGAUCUGAAGCUCAAGGAAAGCUUUGAGAAGUCUCCCAGGCAUGAUACUUAUAUGCGAAGGUUUGAGGCAGAGCUUGCACAACAUUGUGAGAAAUUGGUAAUGGAUUUGGAUAGAAAGAUAAGGCGUGGUCAAGAAAGGUUGGCUCAUGAUUCUGCUGUGCCAAUGCCAAUCCCUGGAAAAAUAGCUGAGCAGCUUUCAGUGCGAGAAGAACAGGUCAAGAAGUUGCUGGAGCAAAUCGAGGAGCUUGGUGAGGCUAGUAAAGUGGAUGAAGCUGAGGCACUUAUGAGAAGGGUUGACAUUCUAAACGCUGAGAAGACAGCUUUAGCUAACCAAGCAGACAACAAAGUGGCUAUGCUUGAGAAGAAGAUGGAACUUUGCGAAACAUGUGGAUCAUUCUUAGUUGCUGAUGAUGCUCUUGAGAGAACGCAGUCCCACGUGACUGGGAAACAACACAUUGGUUAUGGUAUGGUUAGAGAUUUCCUGGCGGAAUACAAGGCGGCAAAAGAGAAGACAAAAGAGGAAGAGAGGCUUGCAAGGGAGCAGAAAGCAGAGGAGCGUCGGAAACAGAGGGGAAAAGAGUAUGAUAGUGGGGGCAGGGAUAGAGAUACCAGAAGGGAGAGGUCUGGGGAACGUGACUAUGACCGUGAUCUUCAGUAUGAGCGAAGCCGUGGAAGAGACGGGCCCUAUGUUUACAGAGAGAGAGGAUCAGAGCACCGAAGCAAUCCCUACAGAAAUGGGAGGGAUUCUGAAAGAGGCGGACACAGAUACAGGAGUGGUGAUAUGACAAACGACCGAGGGAGAAUGAGGAGCAGAUCACGUUCUCCAACCAGGCAUGGCUAUGGAAGAUCUAGAAGUCCAGAUCAUUAG